AAUUAUUUUUUAGAUCAUAACGAACCUGUAUACAAAUUAUACCAGAAACAGCUCCUAACGAUGGGAGUACCAGCAUUCUUUCGCUGGCUUAGCCGCAAAUACUCCAGUGUCAUUGUCGAAUGUGUAGAACAGAAGCCAAAAGAUGUAGACGGUCAAUUAGAGUACGCAGAUUCAUCAUUACCUAAUCCAAAUGGGGUAGAAUUCGACAAUUUGUAUUUGGACAUGAAUGGUAUAAUUCACCCUUGCACACACCCUGAAGAUAAACCACCGCCAAAGGACGAGGACGAGAUGAUGGUGGCCAUCUUCGAAUGCAUUGACCGCCUAUUCCGCAUCGUCAGACCUAGGAAACUUUUGUACAUGGCUAUUGAUGGAGUUGCUCCUCGUGCAAAGAUGAACCAGCAACGGUCUCGCCGUUUCCGUGCCUCCAAGGAGACUCAAGAGAAGAUUGAAGAAGUGGCUCGCAUCCGCUCUGAGCUGCAGGCCAAAGGUGCUUAUUUACCUCCAGAGAGGCCUAAAGAAGCACACUUUGACUCUAACUGCAUCACUCCAGGCACUCCUUUUAUGGACAGACUUAGCAAGUGUCUGCAUUAUUAUAUUCAUGACAGAUUGAACAACGACCCUGGCUGGCGUGGCAUUAAGGUAAUUCUCUCUGAUGCAAACGUACCUGGAGAAGGAGAACACAAGAUUAUGGAUUACAUUCGAAGGCAGAGAGCUCAACCGGACCACGAUCCGAACACACAGCACGUCCUCUGCGGCGCGGACGCCGACCUGAUCAUGCUGGGGCUGGCCACUCACGAGCCCAACUUCACCAUCAUACGAGAGGAGUUCAAGCCCAACAAACCUCGCCCUUGUGACGUUUGUGGACAGCUAGGCCAUGAAAUGAAGGAGUGCACUGGCACGACCCCGGACGCGUCACUGGUCCGAUCAGACCCUGCCUUCGGCAACCAGGACAACUUUAUCUUCGUGCGCCUCAGCGUUCUCCGAGAGUACCUCGAGAAGGAACUACAGAUGCCAAACCUCCCAUUCCCGUACGAUUUCGAGCGAGCGUUGGACGACUGGGUGUUCAUGUGCUUCUUCGUUGGGAACGAUUUUCUACCGCAUCUGCCCAGCCUCGAGAUCAGAGAGGGCGCUGUCGACAGGCUCGUCAACCUUUAUAAGAAAUGCGUCUACAAGACCAGGGGUUGGAUAACGGACUCCGGUGACGUGAACCUAGAUCGCGUGCAAGUUAUAAUGGACGAGCUGGGCCACGUGGAAGACGAAAUCUUCAAGCGGCGUCAUCAGAACGAGCUCAAUUUCAAGGCGAGAGACAAAGCCAAGAAGAGACAGAAGAUCAACUUUGCGCUGCUUGACCAGACACAGUUUGCUCCUGCUAAAAUAGGAGAAGUGAGAACUGUAAAGAAUGCUCGCCAAGAAGCCGCUGAUAUUCGGUUAGCGGGCAUGAAAGCUGCGGUUCAGGAAGAAGAUUCGCAACGCGGCCGCAAGCGCUCCGCCACGCAAGCCGGCCUCGAGAAUGACGAAGACGAUGACGACGACAAGAACGACGAGGUCCGCCUUUGGGAGGAGGGGUUCAAGGAGCGCUACUACGAGAGCAAGUUCGAGGUCGCCACAGACAACAUGGAGUUCCGGUACCGCGUGGCGCUGCAAUACGUGCGGGGCUUGUGCUGGGUGCUGCGCUAUUACUACCAGGGCUGCGCCAGCUGGAAGUGGUACUUUCCUUACCACUACGCGCCCUUCGCCUCCGACUUCGUCAACAUUCAAGGCCUGUCCACCAAGUUCGAGAAGGGGACGCAACCGUUCCGUCCGCUGGAGCAGCUGAUGGGUGUGUUCCCGGCAGCCAGCUCGCAGCACGUGCCCAAACCUUGGGCCACCCUCAUGAGCGACCCUUUUUCACCAAUCAUUGACUUCUACCCGACGGACUUCAAGAUCGACCUGAACGGAAAGAAGUUCGCGUGGCAAGGAGUGGCGCUGUUGCCCUUCGUUGACGAAAACCGCCUCUUUAAAGCUCUGGAGCCUUAUUACAAGGAGUUAACACAGGCCGAGUUGCAACGCAACACCCGCGGACACGAUCGCCUGUACGUGUCGACGGGCAACAAGAGCUUCGAGUUCUUGCUCGGCCUGUACGAGCAGGCGGGCCACGACAUCAAGAAGCUCAUCGCCAGCGAUCAGAAGUACCCGUUCAGGGCUGAAGGCGUGCGUGGUGACGUCAUGCUGAGCGCCGACUGCGUCUGUCAAGGCGGGCAGUUGGCGUCGCCCGUGAUCGGGCUGCGACCGGUGCUGGGCAACCGCGUGGUGUGCGUGCGCUUCGUGGAUCCGCAGUUCCCCGAUGACUUCGUCUUCCCCGCGAGGAGGCUCAAGCUCGCGCAGCAGCCGCCGAGGGUGCUCAAGCCUGGGGACUUGAGCCACCAGGAGAACAGGAAUUGGAAGCCGCAAAUCGGCAUGGUCCGCUCGCACACGAUAGCGAACCUCGAGGCGGCCGGCCACCGCAUGCUGGGCCAUCACCUGCCGAGGGACAGGUCCUACACCUCGGUGCCGCCCCCGCAGCACCAGCAGCAACACAAUCGCUCACAAUCGUUCGGACCUUACCGAACCGGCUACGUAGCCCACGGCUCCCAACAGAACUUCAACCAGGGCUACAAUCAGGGCUACAGCCAGAACCAAAGCAACCAUCAAAGCUACAGCCAGAGUCCUCAAGGCUAUCAGGGCCAAUCACGAAGCGGAUACAACCAGUCAGGCCCCGAAAGAUUCGGACAAAAUAGAAACCAGAAUCAGAGCUACGGCUAUCAGCAGAACAGACGUGGCGGAUACAGCGGUCAAAGUCAAGGAUACAACAAUCAAAAUCAAGGACAUUCUCAAGGCUAUAAUUCCAAUAGACAAGGUCACCAAGGGCAAGGCGUUAACCAUAAUCGUCAAGGAUAUUAUAGUCCGGGACAAAAUCCCAGAUACCAAAGUGGUCAGAGCAAUCAGAGAUCCACGUGGCGUUGAAUAGUUUAACGGAGCACAUGUUAAAUGAAAAAAAAAUGCUAGGGGAGGUUUUGGGAUGGAUAAGCAUAACGCUUAUGAGAGCCAAUGUGGCCGGAUAAAUACUUAAAAUAAUAAAUAAUUGUAAGACGUGUUCGUUGCCGAACAAAAUAAUAAAAAAACGCAAAUGUAAUGUUCAAGAAUAUCAACCGUGAUUAAGCCAUUGCUUUUAACGUAACAAAAACUAGUUUUUACAAAAAUGUUCAGUUUACGGAACUUUGUGCGUACAGUAUCAUAAUACCAACUAAUUACCAG